AUGGACGAGGCUGGUUGUCAGCUGCUAAAUGUUGCUUGGGGUCAGAAGCGAGCACCUAAGCGGGGAGAGCAGCAAAGAUUUAAUAACAGAGGAGCAGAGGUGAAACAAGACAAAACUGAAGGGAGGCCAUCUUUCAGGGAAUACCCUUCCCAUGAAGCAGAAAAACAAGUAGAAUUCACAGUGGAAAGCUUUUUUAGACCAACUGAAAAAUUAGACCGUGAAAGACCAAUAAGAGGUCGUGGCAGAGGAAGAGGUGGAAUGCGAGGUAGAGGAAGAGGUGGUGGAAUAAAUAGAAGUUUUGAUGGCUUUGACCAAAGAGGAAAACGUGAAUUUGAAAGACAAAGUGGGAAUGAUAAAACUGGGAUGGAACAGACUGCUCCUAUGGAAGAGACUGCAGAAACAGCUGAGCAGCCAAGGGCACCUGAAGGAGAAUCUCCAAACAAAGUUGCUGAAGGAGAGCCAAUGGAAGAAGUAGUUCAAGAAAUGACGUUAGAUGAGUGGAAAAAUCUUCAGCAACAGAAUCGACCAAAGCCUGAAUUCAACAUCCGGAAGCCAGAAUCCACUGUUCCUUCCAAAGCAGUGGUGAUUCACAAGUCAAAAUAUAGCGAUGAUUUGUACAAAGACGACUUUGAAGAUGAUUCUCAUGUCUUUCGAAGACCAGUGAAUGACAUAACAUCUCAGCUGGAUAUUAAUUUUGGGAGUCUUCCUCGCCCUGGCCGUGGAUCAAGAGGAGCACGAGGUGGUCGUGGUCGUGGCAGACGAGUUGAGGAGACAGCACCUCGACCAGAAUUAAUGGUGCAGCUUGUUGCUCCAAAUCCUGAUGAUCCUGAGGAUUUUCCAGCUUUGGCUUGAAAAACUGUCAUGAAUGGUGGUAUCUCAAAGUAGCUUUGUAGUUCUGAAGAGACCAGUUUUAUGCUGGUAUGG